UCAUACACAGGGGCGGACUGACAACUCAUGGGGCCCCCGGGCAAUAGGGGAUCAUGGGGCCCCUUUGUCCUUGCCCAAACUCAAAAAAGCCUAUUAAAAAGGUACAAGGGGCAUCUCAUGGGGCCCCCUACUGACCCCGGUCCCUUGGGCAGUGCCCGAGUUUCCAAAAGGUCAGUCCGCCCCUGCUCAUACAAUAAAAACAGGAAUGGUGAAGCAGCAGUAUAACAAUACAAGGUCUAUUAAAAACAUUAUGUAGCACUCUUGUCUCACACAUGGAUAAAUAACAUAUUAUAUUUACCCUAAAUCCAGUAAUUCUAUUAUGUACUA